AUGCCCUCUUCUGCGCCAACACUUCUCUACCCCGACAUUGCAGACAUAAGUCAUGCUACCCCCGCUCUUGUCGAGUUCCUCCGUCACUAUUUCCAGGCCAAAAGUCGUCAUGAUGCAGACAAAUGGAUCAAAGACUUUGAUACAUCCAAGAUCACCUACAUUGAAACAGUCCUCGGUCUUCAUCUCAACUCAGCAAACUUUGAGGCCACGACGAAAGCAAUAAUGACGACAUGGGGCGCAGAUGCCAGGUCUUAUCCCCUUCGUGUCAUUGGCGACACGCAUAGCGCGAUCAUGUUCUUUGUGGACACACCGGCUAUGUUCGGCUCCGAACUUCGUGGGAUUGCCGCACUUGACAUGGAGAACGACAAGGUUGUUCGCCAGGUCGACUACUGGGACGGGCGGCGAGCUCCCUUGGCCGAGACAAGAGUUCCGGAGAGCCAGUACCCCACCAGUUUCGGAGAGUCGGCAGUGCAGAGGGCUCGGAAUCCGGUACUGCAGGCCAUCGUCAGUGAGCUCCAUGCGGGCCUUUCGACGGGCAACGGCAGCGCCACAGCGGCACUGUUCGACGUUGAUGCUGUCUGGGAGGACCGAACCAUGCGCACCCUGCUCGAUGGCCGAUUGGCUAUUGAGCGCUACCUUGCCAGGGCCCUCGCCAGCUUGCCGUAUGGUACUGGCGCGACUGUUAGACAUGUGGUAGGAAGCGAGCAAGGCGGUGGCUAUGAAUGGAUCGGUGGGCCAGGUGCCGUCGCUCGCCAUGGCAUGACAGCUCUCAAGCUCAAUAAGGAUGGCUUGAUCACCUGGAUCAGUCCCGUUUGGGAUGCAUCAUAUGCUAGCGACGUUGCAAUUGCAACCCUUCUUAGAUUCGCGAUCGAGGAAUAA